CCUCAUUUAUGUCUAGUGUGUCUGUUAGACAUAGUAAUAAAGAGGGUUUAAGAGGUUUGAGUAGUAGGUGGGGGAUCUAGGAUUAGAGUGACUUUUGAGAGAUAAGGUGAUUCCUGCUCAGCCUGAAAUGGCCAAAGCGAAACAGAAGUAUUUCUGAUGUAGGUGGAGUUAGUGUAGAUCAGGGGAGGGUGAGAAAAGACAGCUCGAACAUAUGCAGAGAGGUGUGAGGAGUGAGGGCAGAGCAGCACUCACUGUGACUGAGAAACAGAGGCUGGUUGGUUUUACAGAAGAGAGAGGCACAGAGCAAGUUGCAGUGAGCACAGCAGUGACAGAGAAAGGAAGUGUGAUAAUCAGCUUGGGAAAUGACUUUGUAAAUGUAGUUGUUCUGUUCAGAGACUGGGGGUGUUAUUAAACAGACAUGAAUGGUGAUAGCAAACAGCGAUAUGUGUCAACCUUCAGGAUGCAGAUCAAGCCACCACGUGCAUCUGCACCAGGGAAUGGACCAGGAAUUACUGACAGCAGGGCCUCAGACAAACGAACUGGUACAGGGUCGCUCAGCUUCUCCCCUUGUAAACAUUUGGAUCCACCCGUCUUCAUAGAUCCCCUGGAAGACUGCAGCGUGGACGAAGGAAGUGACAUCACACUACGUGGGGCUCUCACAGGAAGUCAGCCAAUCAAAGUGUCAUGGUUGCACAAUGGUGAAGUGGCCCGAUUUGGCAAACGUUCCUUCAACGGCAGGGAGGUGAGCUUUGAGGUGAGGGAGUGUCUUCCAGAAGACGCCGGUGCCUACACCUGUUUGGCAGAAAACAGUGCAGGGAAGACAUCCUGCUGCGCUGCUGUGUUUGUCAGAGACUUUGAAACUAUCUGUGGUGUGCACAGUCGUGUCUCAAAGUCAUGUCCCACUUCUGCAUCUACGAGUGUUAUGGAAAAUGGAAGGUCACCACAGUCUCCCAAAGAUGAGCUACAGGAAUUCAGAGGAUCUAUUUGUACCUCCCCUACAGGGUCUGAUAAGCAGAACCCAGUCUCAUCUCCAAGAGAAGUCAUCCCAAAGAAGAGAGCCAACUCAGGGAAAGGUCCAGCAUUACAUUUUGAAAACCCUCCACAGCACCUUGAGGUGAAGGUGGGACAGGCUGCUCGUCUUUCGUGUUUUUUCACCAGCAGCCCUCCUGUAGUGUCCUGUUGGAUCAGAGACAAAGACCAGAUAGUGGAUGGUCCAGAGCUGUGGACAGAAAAUACUGAUCGGAGCAGUACGCUGGUUAUAGCAGAGGCUAAACCACAGCACACUGGUCGCUACACUGUUGUGGUGAAGGACCGCAAGAGCUCAGCACAACAUACACUUACCCUUUCUGUAAUAGAGAGGCCACAGCCUCCCGCCUCUUCUCCUGUGAUCUCUCGUGUCUCUGGCUCCAGCCUUGUGUUGUCCUGGUCGGGCCCUUGUUACGACGGUGGCAGUGCUGUCCUGGGUUAUGUGGUUGAGGUGAAGACACAAGGACGUGCUGAGCCCGGGGAUUGGAGUGAACUCACUGCCCAGUGUAAGAGUACUUCAUACAGGGUGUGCUCUGGGCUGCAACCUCAAGAGGAGUACUGUUUCAGAGUGAGGGCCUACAACGCAGCGGGAACAAGCGAGCCAGGUCCAGUGUCACCAGUGGUUAGGAUGGAGCAGAAAGACAAACUGCGAGAUGAGGAGGAGGCCCCUCAAGCCUAUACCUGUGUCACUAUUGACUCUUCCCACAAAGUCACAGAUCACUACAAUUUGCUGGAGAAACUGGGAAUGGGAAAGUUCGGCCUGGUGUUCAAGCUAACCCAUAAAGAGACAGGGCGCGUGUGUGCUGGGAAGUUCUACAAAGGCCGACGUACCAAGGAGAGGGAGGCUGCUCGUAAAGAGAUUGAGUUGAUGAACUAUCUCCAUCACCCAAAGCUGGUUCAGUGUCUGGCUGCCUAUGAUCACAAGCCUGAGAUGGUCAUGGUCAUGGAAUUUAUCGCAGGUGGGGAACUGUUUGAACGUAUAGUGGAUGACAACUUUGAGCACACAGAGCCUGCCAGUGUGCGCUACAUGCAGCAGAUCCUGGCGGGUAUCGCCUUCAUGCAUAAGCAAAACAUUAUCCAUCUGGACCUCAAACCUGAAAACAUUGUGUGUGUUGACACAACUGGCACUUCCAUAAAGAUCAUCGACUUUGGAUUAGCCGGCAGACUAGAUGGCAACACGCCUCUGAAGGUGAUGCAUGGGACUCCAGAGUUUGUGGCACCUGAGGUGAUCAACUACGAGCCUGUGUGUUUGGCCACUGACAUGUGGAGCAUUGGGGUCAUCUGCUACAUAUUGCUGAGUGGUGAGUCUCCUUUCCAGGGAAACAGUGAUACAGAGACCCUGGCCUUGGUCACAGCUGCCCAGUGGGAAUUUGAUGAGGAGAGCUUUGAUGAGAUAACAGAUGAAGCCAAAAAUUUCAUCAGCUCCCUGCUCAACAAGGACACUAGGCGGAGGAUGUCCUGUGAAGAGGCCCUUGCCCACCCCUGGAUGGCAGCAUUUGACUCUGAAGAUCUUGCCACCACCAAGUGUCUGUCCAAGGAGAAGAUGAAAAGGUUUCUAGCCAGGCAAAAGUGGAAGAAAGCAGGUAAGGCGAUGCUUGCCUUGAAUAGAAUGGCUUUACUUUCCAGAGGUGAAAGCUCUACAUCUCCUACCAGCCCUGGAGGAGACUCAUCCUUGAGCCCAGAAGCAGAGCAUGCCCUGCAAUCUCUGGAGCGUAAGAUGCAGGGGCCACCCCAGUUCACCCAGACCCUGGAGGACCAGACGGUAGCUAAGGGAUCCAGUGCCCGUCUCUCAUGUCACGUCACAGGAUACCCUGACCCAGAGGUGGUGUGGCUGUGUGGGGAGGAGCCUGUAGUGGAGUCAUCCACAGUGCAGAUAGAGUAUGAGGAAGACGGCUUCUGUACCCUGGUCCUCCCCAAAGUUAGCACAGAGGACACAAACGUUUACACCUGUAGAGCCACCAAUGACCACGGGGAGACAUUCUGCUCAGCCAACCUUACUGUUCAAGAGUAGAUUCAUCUUCUCUAUGUAGGCAUACUAUUCAUGACAGAGAUAUAAAUAUAUUAUAUAUGUUCUUUUGUAUAUUCUUGCUUUAAUACAAAUGGGGACCAAACUGUUUCCAAGCUGUACUGUGGCUAGAGAUAUGUAAUACAUGGAUUACUGUACAAAAUGUAUGAACAGAUGACUAUUGUUACAGAGCUACAAGCAUAUAUAAAGAUUAGUUCCUCAUGGGACAAGGGUGCAGUUAUACAAUGUUUUAAAACAAUAUGUUCAUGAAUCUGUUUGUCUAUUUCGGGUGAAUAAUUUUAAGAUUCCCCUUCAAAAAUAUCAUUUAUUCAAUGUGAAUAAAUUGAGGUAUCCUUUUUGAAAAGUAAACAAACCUGAAAUUA